UGCGGCUACGGCAACAGGGAUGUUGCAAUAGAUCACCCUGUUUCCACCGCCUGUCAAAAUGACCAUAUAAACGGCCCUGGAGGAGGAAGACCUUCCAGAUCUUGUAGCAGAUUCUUAUCUGAAGUUCAAGAUUGUCAGGAUUCUCACCAGACAUGAAGACAGUCCAGCUCCUCCUCGUGGUCAUGGCCAUGGCCGCAGUGGCCCGUGCCUUGUACCCAUUCCCAUACAUGCAUAGUCCCCUGCUCCUCGGGGCCCGUAUGCACGGCCUUCACUCCGGAUUGGGUAUCUACGGCCUUGGCCAGGGGUCAUACAUGGGUGGAAGCUACCCUUAUAUGGGUCACGGGGGGUCAUACCUCGGACACGGAGGGUCGUAUCCUUACUAUGGUGGCAGUAUCUCCUAUCCCGUACACCUAGACGGCCUGGGCCAUGCUGGUCAGAGUGGAUCCUACCCCUACUCUGGUCUCGGUGGAUCCUAUCCCUACGCAAGCUCAUCCGGUUCCUAUCCCUACGUACACCUAGACGCCCCAGGCCAUGCUGGUCAUAGUGGAUCUUACCCCUACUCUGGUCUCGGUGGAUCCUAUCCCUACGCUAGUUCCACCGGUAGCUCGUAUCCCUACGCCGGGUCAGUUGGCUCAUAUCCCUACGCCGGGUCAGUUGGCUCAUAUCCCUACGCCGGGUCAGUUGGCUCAUCUCCCUACGCCGGGUCAGUUGGCUCAUAUCCCUACGCCGGAUCAGUUGGCUCAUAUCCCUACGCCGGAUCAGUUGGCUCAUAUCCCCACGCCGGAUCAGUUGGCUCAUAUCCCUACGCCGGGUCAGUUGGCUCAUAUCCCUACGCCGGGUCAGUUGGCUCAUAUCCCUACGCAGGAGGUCAAACUAGCGUGUAUCCCCAGACCAGUCCUUAUUUACACGGACACAGCCUGAUCCAUUAGAUUCCAUGGGAUCCAGUUCAGUUCAAGGUCAAGGCCAAGGCCGAACCUGCCGAAAUGGAAAACGCGUCAGAUCCAAUAUACCUGUGUACCAGUAGAAUAAACACUGUCUUUUAA